GUGUGGGUUAAGGCUUUCUGCCCCCCUCGGCCCACCUUCCUGGUGGAAUUGGUUCCGGACAUUAAAAGUAGCCCCGAACGGAAGCCCAACGGAGCGGGGACCCUUCGUCAGCCUUCCAUGUCCAUGGACUCACAUGUGUGGAUUCAACCAACCAAGAAUUGAGAGUAUUCAGAAGAAAACGUUGUCUGCAGUGUCAGUCCUCAUGGCUGGUCCCCUAUGGCGGGCUGCAGCCUUUGUACAGAGACACAGGACGGGAAUCUUGGUGGGUUCCUGCACAGGCCUGUUUGGAGUUCAAAUCUCGUACUACCUCUUCCCAGAUCCUGUGGUUCAGUGGCUGUACCAGUACUGGCCUCAGGGCCAGCCAGCUCCACUCUUCCCAGAGCUGCACAGUCUCUUCCAAGAGGUGCUACAGGACAUAGGUGUCCCCUCGAGCCACUGCUACAAGCCCUUCACCACGUUCACUUUCCAACCUGUGAGUGCUGGCUUCCCCAGUCUCCCUGCUGGGGCUGUGGUGGGAAUCCCUGCCAGCUUCCUUGGAGGCCCAGUGAUCAACGCUAACCAUACUGUAGUCAUACAUGGGCAGAGAGUAGACUGGCAGAGCCUAGUGGGCAUCCGGCUGAAAGACGCCCUGACCCUGUCUCAUGAUGCCCAGAAGUUUGCCUUGGCCAAGGAAGUGGUGUACUUGGAGAGCAACGCAGCAGCCCUGCAGGCCCUGCCAGCCCCAGCUUGCCUGGCAGUAACCUGGGUACUGAGUGUGGGUGCCAAGCAUGCCCUGGGGCUCUACGGAGGCCCCAUGAGCUUGCGAGCUGCCUUCAACUUGGUGGCAGCAGUGACAGGCUUUGUGGCCUAUGCCUUCUUUUCAGACUCUCUCACUCUUGCCCUGGAAGGUUGGCUGGACCGCCGCACAGCCUCCCUGUCUGCCGCCUAUGCCAGGGGUGGAGUGGAAUUCUACGAGAAGCUUCUGUCGGUCAAUCUGGCACUGCGCAGUCUCUUGGGCAAGCAAGGGGAGAAGCUGUACACACCGAGUGGGAACACCAUCCCCAGACACUGGUUCCGUAUCAAACACUUACCCUACACCACCCGCCGGGACUCCGUGCUGCAGAUGUGGAAGGUAAAGCCAGGCCACUCCUGAGAGACCCGUCACCAGAACGCCCCAGCUCACAGACCCCACCCUGCAGGGGCCUCGCGGGAUCUCUGCGGCCACAGAGGUCAAGAACAGUAACUGUCUCUGGAGUAAAACAACCUGGGUCCUAUCCUCACCCACCACUUGCAAACUCUGGUCUUGGGUGGUUCCCUCCCUGAAUCCGAGACUCCUUUCCUCAAACGUGGAGUAAGGAGGAUGUAACCUACCUCACUGGAUGAUCUCCGAGUUGCGUGAGGUUUGGAACGUAUAAGCCUGCAGAGCGCUCUGUACAUAAACGGCCUGGCUCCUUGGCCUUGGAGUUCCAGUGGGCUGUGGAGGUCAGGACUGGUUCACUCCCUGAACUUCUUAUACUGUGUCAGCCCUUUCCCACAGUGAAGCAGCACCACUUACCUAACCUCUAAGUCCCAUUUAUUUCAGCACUGCAGAAGAAGCUAAAAGAUUUGAGGUUAGAAAGUGGACUUGGUGAAAUCUAAGGCUGCUUUAAGGUGGGGCAUUAAGGAUGGUGGUGCACUAAUGAAGACCAUGGAUACAAAUGGCACACAGAGAAGGGGUCGUGGACCACCAGGAGAGCCCUUGGAUCUGCAGGGGAUGGGCUAAAUAUAAACUCUUUUUAAAAAACAAAUUAGCCAUAGAUACUCUGUUACAGCAGCAGAAAACACUAAUACGGGAACGUAGCCCCAGUGUGGCAAAGGACAAGUCCCUGAAGCGCAUUCUUGCUUGUGCCCCUCUAUUCCCAGUCACGAUCUUUGGUUUCAUUCAUGGGCUCCUUCUAGUCCCACUGUAUACGCCCUCCCCCCAGAGUCAUAGCCGUGUGUGUGUGUGUGUGUGUGUGUGUGUGUGUGUGUGUCCCUAUGAUCCACAGUCACACACAUGCACAUUCAGACAGUACAGGGAAUGAAUCCCAAAGUCCUGGUGUGUCAUGGCUCUGCCCACCUCGACCCUUGCUAGCCCUGAUGCCUGUCUCCUUCCACCCAGUCGUGCCUUGAGCUGGUCACGAAAGCUGCCACAGUGAAGCCUGGGAGGUUUGGGAGCAGACUUUAAAAGAAUGGUUCUGGGACUGGAGAGAGAGCUCGGUCAGUGAAGUACUUGUGCAAAUGCGAGGACCUGAGUGGAGAGCAAGCAUCCACAUGACAGCCAAGUACAGUGGCCAGGCCUGUAAUCCCAGUGCUGGGGAGACAAAAACCAGAGAGUCCCUGGAGCUUGCUGGCUAGCUCUGGGUUCAUUGAGAGACCUCUUCUCAAAAAAUGAGGAGAGUGGGCUAGAGAGAUGGCUUAGUGGUUAAGGCAUUUGCCUGCAAAUCCAAAGGAUCCCGGUUCGACUCUCCAGGACCCACAUAAGUCAUAUGUACAAGGGGGCGCGUGCAUCUGGAGUUAGCCUGCAGUGGCUAGAGGCCCUGGCACACCCAUUCUCUCCCUCUUUCUCUCUCUUUUUCAAAUAAAUUAAUAAAAGCUAUAUUUUUAAAAAUGAGAGUGCCUGAGAAAGGCACCCAACUCAAACUCUAUCCUCCAUGUGCAUGUGUGCACCCAUCCUCCCACACAUACAAAUAUGCAUACCCACAUGCAAAAAAAAAAUGGUUCUCUACUUGG